GAGACAAUCUCGAGCGUCAAGGAUUGUCAAAAAUGUCGAGGUCUUCAUAAGCUAUUAUACGAGCUAUUAUAAGUAAGCAAAAUGGAUUGCUUAAAGUUACUGGAAACUCUUGAUAUAUUCGGCUGCGCCGGUAUUUGCAUAAGUACCGAAAGCUCGCAGCUGCUGCAGAAUUCGCUGCUCAUUUUGCAGACGGAAAAUCACUUUCGAAAAUGUUACUAUUGGGGCAGGAUCAAUGGGAUACAAAACGACUAUCACGUCGCGUACGGUUACGAAAAGGAUUGCAUGAACGGUCAGGUAUAUUAUUACAGCACAGAUGGUAUGAAUUGGCUACUGCUGCCAAAAGCGACGAAAUGCGGACGAUUUCUGAGCCCCUUGGCGAUUAAUAAGUUCGAAGGUGAUCCAUCCAUCGUCACGAACGUUUACGACGUCAAUCCACCGUUUCCGCCAAAUGAGGAUCCUAAGACUUAUUACGAGGAUCCUAUGCCAAAGGAAUUGAAGGAAGAGGAUCGUCUCGCGGCCACCGUGGAAUCGAUUACCGAGGAUGCUGCGAUCAUUCCGCGAGGGGCCUGGUUCAAGUGCCCGAACGGCGAUGUGAUCGAGAAUUCGAGUUUCGGUGGCCUGCGCGAGGUGGACGCCGCGAAUCUGAAAUCCUAUUUGCACGCCCGUCCCCCGAAGCAGAAGUGGAACGUGAAUUUGUCGUCCCGGUCCGAUUACAAUUACGCGCUGGACUUUUUGGACAGCACAGACAUGGACGUUCCUCAGGAAUGUUGGAAUCUGCAGUUUCUUUUGGGCGGUCGUCUGGCCGUUGUGCACAGCUUGUAUUGGCACGGAAUGACUUUCUUCCACAAGUUGAACUCUCCUCAUCAUGGAUUUUUAUACGUUGGACACGGAAAGAAGAAUCUAGAUCUUCCGUUUAUGAUCUGAUGCGAGAUACAUAAACAAUUGU